AUGCAUGCCAAGAGGCAUCCAAUUGUAAUGCUUUCUUGUGGUUCAGAAAAUGGUUCGAAUAAAGAAAACUGUACUCAUCCGAAACCAUUUAGUUUUGAAGAUCGUGAAUUAUCGUUGAUAAAGCGCAGAAACGAACGUAUGGUCCAAGCAGAGUUAAAUGCUAAGGUGCUUGCAAAUUCAUUCAAAGCUCAACCUAUGAGGGUUGGAUCACCUGAUCGUCUACCUCCACGUGUUGUUCAUUCUCCAGUUCAUCCAAUCUCAUUCCAUUCAUUCACUGAAGAAAGGAUAGCACUUCACAAAAGCAAAAGAGAGACUAGUACAUCCACUGAGGAGUCCAUAAUUACAAGAGGAAGAACCAAAUCCCCAUCAGUCAUUUACCAAGCACCGUUUAUUCCGACUUUUCCAGAGCGUUCUCCAAUAGUUGCUGUCUCCCCUAAACUAGCCACCGUGGAGCGCGCGAUGUCAAGGUCGAAAUAUGACGAUGAAGCCAAAAAGAGAAGAGAUAUUCUUCAGCAACAAUCGGAACUCAUUAGACUUAAGAGAAUGGAGGACGAGGCCAAUGAAAUAAGACAGAUUCGCAAAGAAUCUGUACACAAACCGGAACCGAUAAGGCGGUAUAAAACGAUCAAAUCUCCCACGCGCAAACCCCCAACGGUACCCAAAUCCCCGGUGCUAUCAACUUUACGAAAUAGAAUAUCUAAACAAUGA